CAUAGCUGCAGUUCUCCAUCUGGCCUGUAGGCUUUCUCACAUCGGCAGGAGCGAUACAGUGAAGCUCCAAUAAUAAUUUGAUAAAGUUACAUCUUGAUUUUGUGAAUUUGAAAAAUCUCGGAUUUACGGGGGAUGGUGUUGCUUCCUGGAGCCGGGUAAUCAGACGCAGAGGCCGGUGGCGGCGGCAGGGAGGUAGGCAGGGCUAGCAGGCUGACUGGAGCAAGCAGGCACAUAUUGUGCUGCUGGGUGAAACUCGGUUUCAGUGUGGGGUUUCAUCGGGACAUUUCGGAUAUUAGACCAGCCUGUGAGUAGAAUUUUUCCACUGUGGUGGUUGACUUCGAGUGUGUUUGGUCCUUGGAGGCGCGGAGGAACACAUACUACGGAACACCGGAGCAGGACUCGGACACCGGGGAAGUAGAGGAGGAGUCUGUCCACCUGUUUGGCUGAUUGGACCCUGGUGAGCUCCAUCCACCAUGAACCCUCUGAACCAAAUGAAGGCUGGACUGGCAAACAACCAACACAGCGAUGGUUCUUACUCCUAUGACCCCACCAGCUGGCAGCAACCCACCAAUCAGCCUGCUGGAUCCCUCUCUGUAGUAACCACUGUCUGGGGCGUCACCAAUCCCUCGGCCAGCCAGGGUCUGGGUGGAGGGGUGAUGGGGCCCGGGGCCAACCAUGGCGGAGGGCCCAUGAUGCAGGGCCCAGGGGGUCCGGGUAUGGCUGGUGGACCUGGUGGCUACAUGGGCCAACAAGGCUACGGAGAGCCCAACAAAGGGUACAUGAACCAGGGCAUGUAUAGCCGGUCGACUGGUGGAUAUGCUGGAGGACCAGGGGGCUACACAGGGAGUUACCCAACCAACCCUGGUGGCUCUCGAGGCUCCGCUGACUUCACUCAGGCUGCUGCUGCCGCUGUUGCUGCUGCUGCUGCCACAGCGACUGCCACUGCCACGGCAACAGUUGCCGCCAUUCAGGAGAAACAAAACCAAGAGAUGAACUAUGGACAGAUGGGAGGCCCAGCCUACAAUAAUCAGUUCAUGUCACACUCUGGCCCCCGUGGCCCCCCCAGUAUGGCUACUGGAGGUAUGGGCCCUGGUCCAGGAGGACCUUCCAGGGUCCCCCCCUCAAUGGGACCCAUGUAUGGACCUGGAGGAGGCCCACAGAGAGUUCCCCAGCAUCCAAACUAUGGUCCUGGACCACAGCAAGGUCACCUGAGGCCCCCUCAGGGCCUCAAACGGCCCUACAGCACUGAGUCAUUCCAAGGAAUGUCUCAGCAGUACGGCGUCCCUGUCGGCUCCAGUGUAAAUGUGAUGUCGGGUCCUGGUGGCGCUGGUGGUGCAAUGGUGGGUUCAGGUGGAGGUGGUCACCCCGGGCCUGGUCCGUUCUCUGGACCAAACAUGCAGUACCACCCAGGUCCUGGUGGUCCAGGCCCUGCCCCCCAGCGUUCUGGCUCUUCCCCCUCCUACCAGAGCCAUAAGAUGUCCCUCCCGCAGUACCCCCCCUCUGGACCCCCCAACUCGCAGUAUUACAAGGACCAGUUAAAUGGUCAGAGUGGAGGUUUAAACACUCUGACAGCAGGAGGUGGUGGAGGUGUCUACAACUCCUUUAACCAACCUUCUGGGCCUGGUCGAGGAUUGCCAGGUUACCCGUCCUCCCCAGUACCUGGUAACCCAACUCCUCCCAUCACCCCCAGCAGCUCCAUGGCACCGCCCUACAUGUCGCCUGGCAACAGUGACAUCAAACCACCACCCUCUUCCUUCCUGCCUGACAUCAAACCCAACUUGGCCAACCUGGCACCACCCCCACCGACAGGUAACCCCAGCGACGAACUGCGGCUGACUUUCCCCGUGCGUGAUGGUGUGGUCCUAGAGCCCUUCAGGUUGGAGCACAACCUGGCUGUGAGCAACCACGUCUUCCAGCUGCGAGACUCUGUCUAUAAAACUCUUAUCAUGAGGCCAGAUUUGGAGCUCCAGUUUAAGUGUUACCACCACGAGGAUCGACAGAUGAACACAAACUGGCCUGCCUCUGUCCAGGUGAGCGUGAACGCGACCCCUCUCACCAUCGAGCGAGGUGACAACAAAACUUCCCAUAAGCCUUUGUAUCUGAAGCAAGUGUGUCAGGCAGGCAGGAACACCAUCCAGAUCACUGUCACGGCCUGCUGCUGUUCUCACCUGUUCGUUCUCCAGUUGGUCCAUCGCCCAUCGGUUCGCUCAGUGCUGCAAGGUCUGAUGAAGAAGAGGCUGCUUCCUGCCGAGCAUUGUGUCACCAAGAUAAAAAGGAACUUCAGCAGUGGGUCGAUUCCAGGGACUCCCGGGUUAAAUGGAGAGGACGGAGUGGAGCAGACAGCCAUCAGAGUCUCGUUAAAAUGUCCCAUCACUUUCCGUCGCAUCCAGCUGCCUGCCAGAGGUCACGACUGCAGACACAUACAGUGUUUUGACCUGGAGUCGUACCUGCAGCUCAACUGUGAGAGAGGAACCUGGAGGUGCCCUGUGUGCAAUAAAACAGCUCUGUUGGAAGGUCUGGAGGUUGAUCAGUACAUGCUGGGAAUCCUCAUCUAUGUUCAAAACUCGGAGUAUGAGGAGAUUACCAUCGAUCCAGUGUGCAGUUGGAAACCUGUCCCUGUGAAGCCCGACAUUCAUGUGAAAGAAGAGUCUGACGGCCCUGUGCUAAAACGCUGCAGGACGCUCAGCCCCAGUCACAUGGUCCUGCCCAGCGUAAUGGAAAUGAUCGCAUCGCUCGGCCCCGCCCCCUCCUCUACCAACUCAGCAGCCUCCUCCUCCCCAAUGCCCUAUUCCUCCCUCCCUUCAGGGGGCAGCAAUAACAGCAGCAACACCCCUGACUACCCUGGACCAGGUAGGGCACACCCAGCUCCGUCCUAUUCUGCACAGUCAGGGAGUUUCUCUGACUUCAGUGGUCCUGGGACUCCUGGGGUUGGGGGAGACUUCUCCUCCCCUGGUCCUCCACCUCUCUCCUACCAGUCUGAGCUCUCCAGUGCCCUCCUCACCCCUGACAAGCCUCCCCCACACCCAAUGGCAGGGCAGAUAUCAGUCUCAGGCCACCUGGACUCCACUUCCCAUGGUGCUCCUCUCACCCAGCAAUCGCAGGCUCUCUCUGGCAACUCCCAAUUGGGGGGCGGCAACCCAAUGAUGCAGCGCAGCAACCACAACCCCCGUCUCCAAGGUGACAGCACCUUUGGACUUGGGGGGUCUGCAGACGUUUCAGAACCUUCUCUGGAUUUGCUUCCCGAGCUGACCAACCCAGACGAGCUGCUGUCCUACCUCGGACCUCCUGACCUCCCCAGCAACAACAACGAUGACCUGCUGUCCCUGUUUGAGAACAACUGACCACACACUCGUACAAUUACACUUGCACACCUCGAGAAUUUAAAGACUUAACUGUAAAAUAAAAACUUUGUCUCCAUGCCCACCGGCACAAGUGUCGGUUCAACAUGGCUGCCACCACAGGAUGGAGUGAAUGAUGAAAAGGAAAUGGAAAAAAACUUUUGGACUCUUUGAUGUGUGACUGUGAAUUUGAUGGUAACUUUAUUUUAUUGUUUUUUUAUUCUGGGUAACUGUAUUUUGAUGCUUAAUCCUUCAUUCCCUGUCGCUGAUGGGCUCACUGUUCACUGGCAGCCACUACAAACUAUUUGAAGUUAGUGUGGGUGUUUAAAUUGCAGAUCACAUUCACCAUCACUGCUGAGUGAUUUCCACAUUAGUUUCUGUUCACUUGUUUUUAAUGUGGUGAUAUUGUUUGAUUGUGGAUGUUCAGCGGUGAUGAUGAGUAAAUAUGAUCUGUGGUUGAUGAGCUAAAACAGCAGCAUGGUCUUUUAAAACCAGAAUAUUUCUGGUCCACAUGAGUUUUAAAUGUAACAGUAUAAAUAGAUGAAGAUAAGCUUUAAAAGAAUAGUCUGUCUGUUUUCACAGACGUGUCUUUUGUCAUUCCCCUGAUAUUAGGAGAGACUGAAGGGAGCAUUAACAAAGAGGAAGUGUUUAAUUUGCUUGAAGUUUUGUAUGAAUUGAAAAAUACAAACUGGAUCACAUCAUUUUAAAAACCAAAAUUGAUUUCUUCCAGGAAAUUGGGUUUGAUUACAAGCCCCUGCAGAAACAGUUAUCUGUGUUUGCACAGUGCAACACUGGGCACACGUACUGUGUGGAGACUUCAGCUGAAAUGCUGCUCAUUCACUUUAAAUUGUGGAUCUGUUGCUUUGCUUUUCUUGUGCUGAUGUGGUAGAAGUUGAGCAAAGUACAACUUUUCAAGCAGCAGCCAAUCAAAUAUCUAAAUGAAAAGACUGUUCUCCAUGUUGCUGCCGUAUUGGUCACCAAGAGUGCACUCAUCAAAGCUAGACGGACACCACGUUACUAUCACAUGGGUGACUGUGUUGCAUCAAUAGCAAUGAAUUCAAUGAAGUCAAUUGUAACAAAUACUGCUCUGAACAAAAAAUCCAAAAGCCACCUCCAGCAUCAGACACUGCAGAUGCUCUGUACAUCAGUGCAGUUGUUUUGUACGUCACUGCAGCAAUCAGUGCAGAUGUUCUGUGGUCUCAAAGGUAAUUGAACACCACCUGUUGUGGUUUGUUUUUGAGGCUCCACGUGGAAUAAUUCCUCAUUAACCUGCCAUCAACUGGGCUUCCCCUCAGCCUGUCAUUCAUCUGUACAUGUAGCUGGAAAGUGGAAAUUAGAGCAUGUUGUGUUUGCUCACAUCUGGAUUUUUACCUGACACUGAAAAGUUUAAACUGGGCAAAGGUACCAUUCUAUAAUUUUUUUUUAAAAGCGUCAGUGGAAUCUCAGAUCUGGAACUUUUUGCCUGGAGUGCUGUUGGUCUUCUGCCGUGGAGCCUCAGGUUUAGCACAGGUUUGGCACAAGACAAACUCAGUAACAUUAAGAGGAUUAAAAAAAAGAAAUGGCUGUGUUUGGUCACCACAGGUUGUGUAUGUGAUGGUAAACAGUUUCAUCCUCAUGCUUAUUAUUCUGUAUGUUGUAAAGUGACUAGAGUCCGGACAGUUCUGAUGUCUCCAUGUCCCAGUGGCUUCUGGAAAGAAUACAACUGUACAUGGUCACACUGUAUGAUCCAGUAAUGAUGCUAAUAACAACAACAAUAAUAAUGAUAAUAACCUUUGUAAUUUAAUAAACACACUGUAAAGACAGA